AUGUGUUGAGGGCACGCUCAUGAGGUCGGAGGACAACUGCGGGUGUCAGUUCUCGCCUUCCGUUUGUGGCUGCUGGGGGUCGAACUCAGAAACUCAGGUCUGGUGGCAAGUAUCUUUACACAACCAGCCCACUUCCGAGCUGCCAACCGCCUCAGUCCUUCGUCACACGCUAGGACAGUAAUAGUUCUUAGGAGAAGUCGGGGUUUAUACGCGCAGACGCACGGGACGGUUUUCUAGGAAGUACUUGGUUUACUGCUUGGAAAAUAUUAACAGAAAAAGAACUGUCCUACCUGCUAGGAUAGUGCCGGGCCCGCAGCCGCCAGCGCAGCAGUCGCUAUGGUAACGGGCACUGACUUCCGGAAGGAGUACGGCUCGCGACGAGGGACAUCGGCCUCCUCGAGUGCGCGCUGACGGGGCGGCAAGUUGCGGUGCGGCGGGUUCCGGCGGCCGCCCCGUAGGCUGUGUCGCUCGGCGCCAAGUCGGAGGCGCCAUGGACUUCUCCAAGUUCCUGGCUGACGACUUCGACGUGAAGGACUGGAUCAAUGCGGCCUUCAAAGCCGGCCCCAAAGACGGGGUGGCGGGCAAGGCGGACGGCCACGCAGCCAACCUGGUGAUGAAGCUACAGCUGUUCAUCCAGGAGGUGAACCACGCCGUGGAGGAAACAAGUCUCCAGGCCCUUCAGAACAUGCCCAAAGUGCUCCGUGAUGUGGAAGCCCUGAAGCAGGAGGCAUCUUUUCUGAAAGAACAAAUGAUUCUUGUCAAAGAGGACAUUAGAAAAUUUGAGCAGGACACUUCACAAUCGAUGCAGGUACUGGUGGAAAUUGACCAGGUGAAGUCCAGGAUGCAGCUUGCUGCGGAAUCUCUGCAGGAAGCUGAUAAGUGGAGCACACUAAGUGCUGAUAUUGAGGAGACCUUCAAAACUCAGGACGUAGCUGUAAUUUCUGCAAAGCUGACUGGGAUGCAGAACAGCUUGGUGAUGCUUGUGGAUACUCCAGACUACUCAGAAAAGUGUGUGCACCUGGAGGCUCUGAAGAACAGGCUGGAGGCCCUGGCCAGCCCCCAGAUCGUGGCAGCGUUCACCUCACAGUCUGUAGAUCAGUCCAAAGUAUUUGUGAAGGUGUUUACUGAAAUUGACCGGAUGCCCCAGCUCCUCGCAUACUACUACAAAUGUCACAAGGUACAGCUUUUAGCAACCUGGCAAGAGCUGUGCCAGAGUGACCUUCCGCUGGACCGGCAGCUCACUGGCCUCUACGACGCCUUGCUUGGGGCUUGGCACAUGCAAACCCAGUGGGCCACACAGGUUUUCAAGAACCCCCACGAGGUGGUGACGGUACUGCUGAUUCAGACCCUGGGGGCCUUGGUGCCCUCCCUGCCCAUGUGCCUCAGUGCAGGCGUGGAGAGAGCGGGACCCGAGCUGGAGCUCACCAGACUGCUGGAGUUUUAUGACACCACCGCCCACUUUGCCAAGGGGCUGGAGAUGGCACUGCUCCCCCACCUCCAGGACCACAACCUGGUGAAAGUUGUGGAGCUGGUGGAUGCUGUGUAUGGUCCAUAUAAACCCUACCAGCUAAAGUACGGCGACAUGGAGGAGAACAACCUUCUUAUACAGAUCAGUGCUGUGCCUCUGGAGCACGGGGAAGUGAUUGACUGCGUUCAGGAGCUGAGCCACUCUGUGCACAAGCUCUUUGGCCUGGCAUCUGCAGCUGUUGACAGAUGUGCUAAGUUCACCAAUGGCCUGGGGACCUGUGGAUUGCUGACAGCUCUGAAAUCCCUCUUUGCCAAGUAUGUGUCUCAUUUCACCAAUGCUCUCCAGUCGAUUCGGAAAAAGUGCAGACUGGAUGAUAUUCCUCCCAACUCCCUUUUCCAGGAGGAUUGGACCGCUUUUCAGAACUCUGUCAGGAUCAUAGCCACCUGUGGAGAGCUCUUGCGCCAGUGUGGGGACUUCGAGCAGCAGCUUGCAAACAGGAUCCUGUCCACAGCAGGGAAGUAUCUGUCUGACUCCUACAGCCCUCGGAGCCUGGCGGGUUUUCAAGACAGCAUCUUGACAGACAAGAAGAGCCCUGCCAAGAACCCAUGGCAGGAAUAUAAUUACCUCCAGAGAGAUAACCCUGCUGAAUAUGCCAGUUUAAUGGAAAUACUUUAUACCCUCAAGGAGAAGGGGUCCAGUAAUCACAACCUGCUGUCUGCAUCCCGCACAGCCCUGACCCGGCUGAACCAGCAGGCCCACCAGCUGGCUUUCGACUCGGUUUUCCUGCGCAUCAAACAGCAGUUGCUGCUCGUUUCCAGGAUGGACAGCUGGAACACAGCGGGCAUUGGUGAAACCCUGACCGAUGAUCUGCCCGCCUUCAGCCUCACGCCUCUCGAGUACAUCAGUAAUAUUGGGCAGUACAUCAUGUCCCUGCCCUUGAAUCUCGAACCAUUUGUGACUCAAGAGGACUCGGCAUUAGAGCUGGCCUUGCAUGCUGGGAAGCUGCCAUUUCCUCCUGAGCAAGGGGAUGAACUGCCUGAGUUGGACAAUAUGGCUGACAACUGGCUGGGCUCCAUUGCCAGAGCCACCAUGCAGACCUAUUGCGAUGUGAUUCUCCAGAUCCCGGAGGUGACCCCACACUCUACCAAACAGCUGGCUACAGACAUUGACUACCUAAUCAAUGUGAUGGAUGCGCUGGGCCUGCAGCCGUCACGUACCCUCCAGAACAUUGUGACACUCCUGAAGGCCAAGCCUGAGGAAUACAGACAGAUUAGCAAAGGCCUGCCACGUCGCCUUGCAGCCACGGUGGCCACCAUGCGUGGUGUAAAUUACUGACAGCUCUGAGAAGACGGUCCAGGACGGGGUCAGAGCCUGAAGGGCAGGGCCUGUCCAGGACAAAACAGGGACUGAAGCCUCAGUGACUCUCAGAAUGGUUCAUUCUUGACCUCUGUCAGUGAUGGGGCACUAUAUGUGGAAAAUGCUUUCACUUCUUAUAAGGCAGGCAUGGUGGUGCAUGUCUGCAAUCCUUGGGAGGCUGAGACAGGAGGAUUGCUGUCAGUUUGAGGUCAUUCAGGGCUAGUGUGAGACCCAGUCUUUACAAGGAGAAGGGUGUAAAUGAAAAGUAAUGUAUUAUUUAUCAGAAAGGAGUCUUCAGAUGGUUUUUUAAAAAUAACUUAUCUUUAAUAAACACUGCAAUGGGGCAAA